UUCCUAGCUGGUACUGUCUAUACAAUUGCAGUAUCUCACGCCAAGAACAAGAGACCGAGCUCUUACCAUCCAAGAAUCCCUCCUCUCCCCCCUCGCGCUCGUUCUAUCCAAGAAUCCCGGCAAGAAUCUCCGGCCGGCGUUGACAUGGCCGCACGCGGCGGCGGCGGCCUUCAGGGCCCUCUCCUCGGCGCCGGCGCUGACUCGCCGGCAGCUCCGCGGUGCCGCCGGAGCAGCCGGCCGUGGACCGUGCUGGCCAUCGCCGCGGCGCUCCUCGCCCUGGCCGGCGCCUUGCUGUUCCUGAGCUCCGGGAGUGGGGGCGCCGACGGCGACCGCCGCCGGGUGUCGGGCGCCGGUGGCGGCGUGCGGCUGAGUCCGCACGAGGCGGAGUCCGAUGUGGGCGCGGUCGCGGCGGACGACGCGCGGUGCUCGGAGGUGGGCGCCGCGGCGCUGCGCGCGGGCGGGCACGCGGUGGACGCGGCGGUGGCGGCCGCGCUCUGCCUCGGGGUGGUGCACCCGGUGUCGAGCGGCGCUGGCGGCGGCGCGUUUAUCGUCGUGAGGAACGCGGCCUCCGGCGAGGCCGUCGCCUUCGACGCCAGGGAGACCGCGCCUGCCGCGGCCACGCCGGACAUGUACGCUGCUGACCCGUCGACGAAGUACAAGGGCGCGCUCGCCAUGGGCGUUCCGGGCGAGCUCGCGGGUCUCCACGCCGCGUGGUCGCGGUACGGCCGGCUCCCGUGGCGGGACCUCUUCGCGCCGGCCAUCCGGCUUGCGCGUGACGGCUACUCGAUCGUGCCAUUCGUCGCCCGCGCUCUCAAGAAAAACGAAGGGGACGUGCUCGCCGACCCGGGCCUGCGCGCCGUGUUCGCGCCGGAGGGGAGGGUGCUGGCGGCUGGCGAGGCGUGCCGCAACCCGGCCCUCGCCGACGCGCUGGAGCGCGUGGCCGAUGAGGGCGUCGCGGCGUUCUACGGCGGCGCCGUCGGCGAGAGCUUUGUCCGCGACGUCAGGGCGGCGGGAGGGAUCGUGACGGUGGACGACCUGAGGGGGUACAAGGUGGAGGUGAGCGACGCCAUGCGCGCGGACGCCAUGGGGUACACCUUCCUCGGCAUGCCGCCGCCGUCGAGCGGCACAGUUGGGGUGGCUCUGAUACUGAACAUAUUGGGAGGGUACAAAUCGCUCGAGUUCGUGAAGAUGUUUAUUGGUGUCCACCGGCUCAUCGAAGCGGUCAAGCACAUGCUGGCGAUCCGGAUGGACCUCGGCGACCCCGACUUCGUCAAUGUGUCCGGGAGCGUCUCCGAGAUGCUGUCGCCGCCGUUCGCCGACAAAAUCCGGCAAAGGAUCGUCGACAAUACGACAUUCCCUCCCGGUUACUACUUCCCAAAGUGGAGCCAGCUGAGAGACCACGGCACCAGUCACCUUUGUGUGGUGGACGGUGACCGGAACGCGGUGGCGAUGACGACGACCGUGAACUACAGCUUCGGCGCGCACGUGCUCUCGCCGUCGACGGGCAUCGUGUUGAACAACGAGAUGGAUGACUUCUCCGUGCCGGCGGAGCGCACGCCCGACCACCUCCCGCCCGCGCCGGCGAACUUCAUAGCGCCGGGCAAACGGCCCCUGUCCUCCAUGACGCCGCUGAUCAUACUCAAGAACGGCCAGCUCGCCGGCGUCAUCGGCGGCAGCGGGGGCACGGACAUCAUCGCCACAGUUACCCAAGUCUUCCUGAACCACUUCAUCGUCGGCUUGGACCCCCUGGCCGCCGUCCAGCACCCCAGGGUCUACCAUGAGCUAGUGCCGAACGUGGUGACGUACGAGAACGACACGGUGAUCGACGGCGAGGUCAUCGCUCUGAGCGGCGAGGCAAUCGAGUUCCUGGCGCAGAGAGGACACCGGCUGCAGAGAAGUGACACGGGAGGCGUCAGUCAGUUCAUCGUGCACGAGCUGCCGGCCCCGGCCGCCUCGGGCGGCGGGGACAGUGUCUUCCGCGGGAACCUCACCGCCGUCAGCGACCCGAGGAAAGAUGGCAGCCCAGCAGGGUUGUGAGGCUAGCGACCGUAGACUAGCUGUUGCUUCGAUCCAUCUCCUCAUGUAGAUAUGUACACCAUGAUUCAUGCAUUUACCUGUGCACACUUCUAUCUGGUAGUUUGUGAUGCGAAUUCUUGUUAAGUCAUAUAAAGGAUAUCUUUGACUU